UUGGACAAUUCAAGACAAUCUACUCAAGAAAAUACCAUACAAACAAACGAAACAACAGAUACAGUUGUACCAGACACAACAGGACAAGUUUUACAGUCUUCUCCAAUUGCAAACCAAUUGUCCAACAAUUCAAGACAAUCUACUCAAGAAAAUACCAUACAAACAAACGAAACAACAGAUACAGUUGUACCAGACACAACAGGACAAGUUUUACAGUCUUCUCCAAUUGCAAACCAAUUGUCCAACAAUUCAAGACAAUCUACUCAAGAAAAUACCAUACAAACAAACGAAACAACAGAGGAACAACCAAGCGCGUCAUCGAUGACGACAAGGUCCCAGAUGAGAUACCUCGCGUUCGCGAAGCAAUUUCAAUCAGGAGAUACAGAAAAUACAGAAGAAAACACUACCAUAUCUGAACGUGUUCGCAGGCAAUAUGCUAAAAAAAGACUUCAACUCCUUGAAAAACUCAAAAACCAAUGGGGAAUUCAAGACGACACCGAUUAUUCGGAAGUGUUUCAGUCUGUUAUGGAUAGUUUGCAACCAGUUGAAAAUGAAGUUAAAGACCCAGGUGUUCUCGUGGACUUGUUUGUUCAAUACUUGCCUGUUACAGCAAACCUAAUUGCACUACAAGCCAUCGACCAAUUUAUUAGACUUUUCCCCAAAAAUAUGCAAACUUAUUUGCAAAAUGUGAAAAUUGCUGAGUAUGUCAGCAUAUAUCCCAAUACCUACAACUAUCUCGAAGAAUUGGAUGAGUAUGGCAAAGGUCCUUUUACGUAUACUUUUUUACCAAUCCAGGACAGUCAAAACGGUUAUAUUGUAUACAACCUUUACCAGAAUUUCAAGACAAUUUCCAUGUCAUAUCCACUAUAG